UUUUGAAAGUGAGCCACCUGACUCUGCCCAUGUCAAAGAUGAUUACAGUCCAGUGGGCUCCGUGACGAAGUGACAUCUAUUACCCAUGAUGCCCUGGGAGGGCUUCUUUUUCAAGGACUGCCACCAACCCAAAGAAGAUGGGCCCCGUGUCCCCGUUUCUGAGGAGAUGUCACUGGGUCGGCUCCUGCGGCGUGCCUCCUCUAAGGCGUCCGACCUCCUGACCUUUAACCCCGGCGCGGCGGGAGCAUCGCUGCGUGCAGGCCUGGACGGCGAGAUUAUUUUCUCCAAAAAUAACGUGUGCGUGCAUCCUGCCGAGCCGCUGCCGGGCCUGGCGGAGCACCACCCAGACAUCAGCACUAAACUGACGGCUCCCCCUGCAGGCUACCUGUGUGUGCAUGUGGAGAAGGACGAGAGCUUGGGCAGCACUCUCAUUCUGACCUGGGUGCCCAACUCCCGGAUCCAAAGGCAGGAUGAAGAGGCACUACGCUACAUCACGCCCGAGAGCUCGCCUGUACGCCGGAACGGGCGCCGCAGAGGCAGACGAGCCCACUCCCGCCCCCCCGCUGCACAGGUGGAAGAAGGAGACCUCACUCUAACCUCCUCCGUCGAGAGCCAAGGUCCGGUGGUGGACCCCCUUGCAGACCUUCCCUCCGUGCAGCUCAGGCAGCAUCCCCCUUCCGCAGAGGAGGGCGACGAGGGCUCCUGCGAGCUGUCGGACGAAGUGAGCCGGGACAGCACCAUGGGGUCCGACUCGGACACCUUCUCCUCGCCAUUCUGCUUGUCCCCCGUCAGCGAGGCGCUCUGUGAGAGCAGCAGCUCUGUCUUCCUGGACAAUGACAGCAGGGAGUUGUGCGACGAGGCCAUGCGUCACUCGGUGAGCUCCGCCUCCAGCCUGGAGAGCCACGCCCCCUCCGAGAGCAACGGCGGCCAGCGCGGGUGGGAGGAGCAGCAGAAGGUGCUGGUUCUGGAGCAGCUGUGUGGGGUGUUCAGGGUGGACCUGGGCCACAUGAGGUCACUGCGUCUGUUCUUCAGUGACGAGGCGUGCACCUGUGGCCAGCUGGUGGUCGCCAGCAGAGAGAGCCAGUACAAGAUCCUCCACUUCCACCACGCUGGUCUGGACAAGCUGGCUGAGGUGUUCCAGCAAUGGAAGUCCUGCAGGGAGACUCAGCUCAAAGACCAGGUGUCGGAGGAGAAGUCCUGCAUGCAGUUUUCCAUCCAGAGGUCCAUGCUGCCGUCGGCCGACAGCCACCCGGAGGAGAAGCUCUACCGGAGGCUGGACGUCACCACCUGGCUGCGGCACCUCAACUCCAGCGGCCAGGUGGAGGAGGAGUAUAAGCUGCGCAAGGCCAUCUUCUUCGGUGGCAUCGACCCGUCCAUCCGCGGCGAGGUGUGGCCCUUCCUCUUGCACUACUACAGCUAUGACUCCAGCUCCCAGGAGAGGGAGGCGUGGCGGCUGCAAAAGCGCAGCCUCUACCAUGACAUCCAGCAGAAGAGGUUGUCCAUGAGCCCUGAAGAGCACAGCGAGUUCUGGAGGAAGGUCCAGUUCACGGUGGACAAGGAUGUGGUGAGAACCGACCGCAGCAACCAGUUCUUCAGGGGGGAGAACAACCCCAACGUGGAGAUCAUGAGGCGCAUUCUGCUCAACUACGCCGUGUCCAACCCCGACUUGGGUUACUGCCAGGGCAUGUCGGACCUGGUGGCCCCGCUCCUCACCGAGAUCCAGGAUGAAAGCGACACUUUCUGGUGCUUUGUGGGCCUCAUGGAGAACACCAUCUUCAUCAGCUCGCCGCGCGACGAGGACAUGGAGAGACAGUUGAUGUUCCUGCGGGAGCUGCUGCGCCUCAUGCUGCCCGACUUCCACCUGCACCUGACCACGCUGGGCGAGGACGGCCUCCAGCUGCUCUUCUGCCACCGCUGGAUCCUCCUCUGCUUCAAGAGGGAGUUCCCAGACAUGGAGGCUCUGCGCAUGUGGGAGGCCUGCUGGGCCCACUACCAGACAGAUUACUUCCACCUCUUCCUGUGCAUCGCCAUCAUUGUUCUGUACGGCCAGGAUGUGACGGAGCAGCAGCUGGCCACCGACCAGAUGCUGCUGCACUUCAGCAACCUGUCCAUGCACAUGAACGGGGAGCUGGUGCUGCGCAAGGCGCGCAGCCUCCUCUACCAGUUCCGCCUUCUACCCAGAAUCCCCUGCAGCCUCCACGACCUGUGCAAACUGUGCGGGCCGGGGAUGUGGGACAGCCGCUACAUCCCCGCCGUGGAAUGCUCGGGACAGCACCCGGACUCUCAGAGCUGUCCUUACGGGGGCAGGUCCACGCCAAACCACGCCCACAAACCUCCCACAGCCUCGAAGAGACAGGAUAUUUUCACCUUCAGGAAGCAGUCCUGAGGGAGUUCAGGGGGUUGCUGGAAUAUUUGCGGCCACAAUCCUAGCGACAUCUGUCCCAUCAGACCCAAGGUCAAGCAGCCUCCAGUCCUGUUCAAGUCCAGCGGACAAUCGGCAGCCAUUAUGCUGGCUCGGCACUCUUCCAGCGACUCUGUGGGCUCGUGCAUCACACUGGAUUCUUGCAGAGGUCAAACUGUGAAUGGAUCCUCUUUCUCCUCAUUAGGAUGUGCAUACACACAGAUUUAUAUCCAACUUGCAGGGCUUUUGGUUCACUUCCUGUAUUUUUUCCCGCCGAUACCAAUAUUUAGCAAUAUUAUAGUCCCGCAUGUAGAGCACACAGCCUUACUUCUCUUCACCUUAGCACCAUCCUCCUCACAUCAUGCUGGGAGGCCGUGUUCCACAAACACUUGGGAGUUACAAACACCACCUGAUUGUACGUCAAACAAAGAAGAAGAAAAAAUCAGUUCAAGCCAUCCACCCAAAAAUAGAAAGACCAAACACGGAAUAACUAGAACAACAAUGAAGUACAUCAUCCCUUCUUGAUUGCCUUUAAUUAGUUAGGAAUUAUUUACUUAUUUUUAUAGCUAGUUAGGAAUUAUUUACUUACUUUCAUAGCUAGUUAGGAAUUACAAACUUAUUAUUUUCAUAGGAAUUAUUUACUUAUUUUCAUAGCUCGUUAGGAAUUAUUUACUUAUUUUCACAGCUCGUUAGGAAUUAUUUACUUAUUUUCAUAGCUCGUUAGGAAUUAUUUACUUAUUUUCACAGCUCGUUAGGAAUUAUUUACUUAUUUUCAUAGCUCAUUAGGAAUUAUUUACUUAUUUUCACAGCUCGUUAGGAAUUAUUUACUUAUUUUCACAGCUCGUUAGGAAUUAUUUACUUAUUUUCAUAGCUAGUUAAGAAUUAUUUACUUAUUUUCAUAGCUCGUUAGGAAUUAUUUACUUAUUUUCAUAGCUAGUUAGGAAUUAUAUACUUAUUUUUAUAGCUCGUUAGGAAUUAUUUACUUAUUUUCAAAGCUAGUUAGGAAUUAUUUACCUAUUUUCAUAGCUAGUUAGGAAUUAUUUACUUAUUUUCACAGCUAUUUAGGAAUUAUUUACUUAUUUUCAUAGCUUGUUAGGAAUUAUUUACUUAUUUUCAUAGCUUGUUAGGAAUUAUAUACAUAUUUUCAUUGCUAGUUAGGAAUUAUUUACUUAUUUUCAUAGCGAGUUAGGAAUUAUUUACUUAUUUUCACAGCGAGUUAGGAAUUAUUUACUUAUUUUCAUAGCUUGUUAGGAAUUAUAUACUUAUUUUCAUAGCUAGUUAGGAAUUAUUUACAUAGCGAGUUAGGAAUUAUUUACUUAUUUUCACAGCGAGUUAGGAAUUAUUUACUUAUUUUCAUAGCUUGUUAGGAAUUAUAUACUUAUUUUCAUAGCUAGUUAGGAAUUAUUUACAUAGCGAGUUAGGAAUUAUUUACUUAUUUUCACAGCGAGUUAGGAAUUAUUUACUUAUUUUCAUAGCUUGUUAGGAAUUAUAUACUUAUUUUCAUAGCUAGUUAGGAAUUAUUUACAUAGCGAGUUAGGAAUUAUUUACUUAUUUUCAUAGCUUGUUAGGAAUUAUUUGCUUAUUUUCAUAGCGAGUUAGGAAUUAUUUACUUAUUUUUAUAGCUAGUUAGGAAUUAUAUACUUAUUUUUAUAGCUCGUUAGGAAUUUAUUUACUAAUUUUCAAAGCUAGUUAGGAAUUAUUUACCUAUUUUCAUAGCUCGUUAGGAAUUAUUUACUUAUUUUCAUAGCUAGUUAGGAAUUAUUUACUUAUUUUCAUAGCUUGUUAGGAAUUAUAUACUUAUUUUCAUUGCUAGUUAGGAAUUAUUUACUUAUUUUCAUAGCGAGUUAGGAAUUAUUUACUUAUUUUCACAGCGAGUUAGGAAUUAUAUACUUAUUUACAUAGCGAGUUAGGAAUUAUUUACUUAUUUUCAUAGCUAGUUAGGAAUUAUUUACUUAUUUUCAUAGCAAGUUAGGAAUUAUUUACUUAUUUUCAUAGCAAGUUAGGAAUUAUAUACUUAUUUACAUAGCGAGUUAGGAAUUAUUUACUUAUUUUCACAGCUAGUUUGGAAUUAUUUACUUAUUUUCAUAGCUAGUUAAGAUAUAUAUACUUAUUAUUUUCAUAACUAGUUAAAAAAAUAUUUACUUAUUUUCAUAGCUAGUUAGGAAUUAUUAUUUUCAAAGCUAGAGCAUAAAAAAUGUUUACAAGUAUCUAAAUAAGUUAUGAGAGCCCUCUAGACAUGGACUAGCAUCCACACAGUCAUCAUCUAAUAGUACUUUAUAAUAAUACAACAUACCACAUCAAAUAAGUAAGAGUUAUAGAUUGGAGCUGAGUGGAGCCAAAGCUUACAGUAUGUCCUUUUUUCCAAAUGUAAAGAUGGUUCCAAGUCAGUCGCUCCCCCAAACAAAGAACUGCUUGUGAAAUACAUGUUUAAGACAACACACAACAUGGUCUCCCAGCCAUGCAAGUCCAACACACAUCACCAGGGUUUCAUGUUUCAUGUUCUUCAUUGAAUGAAGACACGCCCAUUUUGCAUUAUUUUCUAGUAAAAUCACAUUUGUUGCUGGAAUAUUUCCUGCUUGUAAAAGGACAACCUUAGGCGUGUCAGAACGGUCCUACUAUGUCAUUCAAACUUUCAGGGACUAUAUUUAUUUUUUUCCUAUUCUGCAUCGUUUGUGGAGUCACUGCAUGCAACUUUGUGUCAUGUCCGGGUGUGUGUGUGUGUGUGUGUGUGUGUGUGUGUGUGUGUGUGUGUGCUGCAGUGCAUGCAACUUUGUGUCAUGUCCGGGUGUGUGUGUGUGUGUGUGUGUGUGUGUGUGUGUGUGUGUGUGCUGCAGUGCAUGCAACUUUGUGUCAUGUCCGGGUGUGUGUGUGUGUGUGUGUGUGUGUGUGUGUGUGUGUGCUGCAGCCCAUGCAACUUUGUGUCAUGUCCGGGUGUGUGUGUGCUGCAGGAAGCAUGGUGUCAUGUCCGGGUGCGUGUGUGUGUGUGUGUGUGUGUGUGUGCUGCAGUCCAUGCAACUUUGUGUCAUGUCCGGGUGUGUGUGUGUGUGUGUGUGUGUGCUGCAGUCCAUGCAACUUUGUGUCAUGUCCAGGUGUGUGUGUGUGUGUGUGUGUGUGUGUGUGCUGCAGUGCAUGCAACUUUGUGUCAUGUCCGGGUGUGUGUGUGUGUGUGUGUGUGUGUGUGUGUGCUGCAGUGCAUGCAACUUUGUGUCAUGUCCGGGUGUGUGUGUGUGUGUGUGUGUGUGUGUGUGUGUGCUGCAGUGCAUGCAACUUUGUGUCAUGUCUGGGUGUGUGUGUGUGUGUGUGUGUGCUGCAGUGCAUGCAACUUUGUGUCAUGUCCGGGUGUGUGUGUGUGUGUGUGUGUGUGUGUGUGUGUGUGUGUGUGUGUGUGUGUGUGUGUGUGUGCUGCAGUGCAUGGAAGCAUCAGGAACACACAAGGAGGUCGCCGGCUGUUGAAAUGAACUGAAGUGUCCGACACUGAAUGUCCACCACUGCUGUAUGAUAUCACUCACUACAAUCAGCAUUUUCACACUAUUCAUUAAAAAGAAAAUAUCUUUGCCUUCAAA